AUGAGCAUACAACGACUUGGUCUUGGUGCCAUGAGAGGCAUUGAACGACCGGGAGUCUUCAUCAACCAGAGCGUCCCGAAGUUGGCUUUGGCCCGUCUGUUGUCCCAACAAGCAAGAUCUUCUUACAGAGAACGCCCAGAGAUUGUUCACACGAGCCAGAAAGAAGCUCACGACAUUCUUGUCAAACAACGCCUCAACCGCCCCGUCACUCCAAACCUCACAAUCUACAAGGUUGGACAAGUCUGGUUCAGUGCAUCAGCAUGGACUCGAAUAACAGGCCUUGCUGUAGGUGGUACAGCUUACCUGACCCUGUGCGCCCAUGCUGUAGCUCCUUAUCUUGGAAUAGGAUUUGACUCUGCUGCUUUGGUGUCGGCUUUUGGAGCGUUGCCUUUUGCUACCAAGGCCGCAAUCAAAUUUGGACUGCUAGGGUUUCCGUUCGCAUAUCAUUUUAUCAAUGGUAUUCGACACUUGGUGUUUGAUCUGGGAUUUGGAUACAAGAAGGCGCAGUUUAAGAAGUCAGAGGCAGCUACGUGGAUACUGAGUAUUCUUGGUGGUCUUGUCUUGGCCUUCUGGAUCUAG